AUGAGAACUUACCAUUACUUCUUGCUGCUUUUUUUGGUUGGUCAGCCCUACCAAAGUUUCUCAAGCCCCUUCUCUAAGAGGACUAGUGGCUUUCCAGAGAAGAAAAAGGCACUGGAGCUAUCUGGAAAUAGCAAGAAUGAGCUUAAUCGAGCAAAAAGGAGCUGGAUGUGGAAUCAGUUCUUCCUCUUGGAGGAAUACACAGGAUCCGAUUAUCAGUAUGUUGGCAAGUUACAUUCAGACCAAGAUAGAGGAGAUGGAUCACUUAAAUAUAUCCUUUCAGGAGAUGGAGCUGGAGAUCUCUUCAUAAUUAAUGAAAACACUGGAGACAUCCAGGCCACCAAGAGGCUAGACAGGGAAGAAAAGCCUGUGUAUAUCCUUAGGGCUCAGGCUAUAAACAGAAGAACAGGAAGACCAGUAGAACCAGAGUCUGAGUUCAUCAUAAAGAUCCAUGAUAUCAACGAUAAUGAACCUAUGUUCACCAAGGAUGUUUACACAGCCACUGUUCCUGAAAUGUCUGAUGUUGGCACUUUUGUUGUUCAAGUCACUGCAACUGAUGCUGACGAUCCCACCUAUGGGAACAGUGCUAAAGUAGUCUACAGUAUUCUCCAAGGACAACCCUAUUUUUCCGUUGAGUCUGAAACAGGCAUCAUCAAAACAGCACUGCUCAACAUGGACCGAGAAAACAGAGAGCAAUACCAAGUGGUUAUUCAAGCUAAGGACAUGGGAGGCCAAAUGGGAGGCUUAUCUGGGACCACCACAGUGAACAUCACCCUGACUGAUGUGAAUGACAAUCCUCCACGUUUUCCUCAGAGCACUUAUCAGUUUAAAACACCUGAGUCGGCCCCUCCAGGCACACCAAUUGGCAGAAUCAAAGCAAUUGAUGCUGAUGUGGGUGAAAAUGCAGAAAUUGUGUAUAGCAUCACAGAAGGAGAGGGACUAGACAUGUUUGAUGUCAUCACUGACCAGGAAACACAGGAAGGAAUUAUUACUGUCAAAAAGGUUUUGGACUUUGAAAAGAAAAAACUGUAUACCCUCAAGGUGGAGGCAUCUAAUCCACGUGUGGAGUCCCGUUUCCUCUACUUGGGUCCAUUUAAAGAUACAGCCACAGUAAGGAUCAUAGUGGAAGAUGUCGAUGAACCUCCUGUGUUCAGCAAACUAGCAUAUGUCCUUCAAAUAAGAGAAGAUGCUCAGAUAAACAGUACAAUAGGCUCGGUGUCAGCCCAAGACCCUGAUGCUGCCAAGAAUCCUGUCAAGUAUUCUGUAGAUCGACACACUGAUAUGGACAGAAUAUUCAACAUUGAUUCUGGAAAUGGUUCCAUUUUUACUUCUAAACUUCUGGACCGAGAAACAUUGCUGUGGCACAACAUUACUGUCAUAGCAACAGAGAUCAACAAUCCAAAACAAAGUAGCCGUGUACCUUUAUUUAUCAAAGUUCUGGAUGUCAAUGACAAUGCUCCAGAGUUUGCUGAAUUCUAUGAAACUUUCGUUUGUGAAAAAGCAAAGGCAGAACAGCUGAUCCAGACCCUGAGUGCUGUUGACAAGGAUGACCCUUACAGUGGGCACCAAUUUUCCUUCUCCUUGGCUCCUGAAGCUGCUGGCAGUUCCAACUUCACUAUUCACGACAACAAAGACAACACCGCAGGAAUCUUGACUCGGAAAAAUGGCUACAAUAGACACGAAAUGAGCACUUACCUCCUGCCUGUGGUGAUCUCUGACAAUGACUACCCGAUUCAGAGCAGCACAGGGACCGUGACCAUCCGUGUCUGUGCAUGCGAUCAUCAUGGUAACAUGCAGUCCUGUAACGCGGAGGCACUUAUUCAUCCAACUGGACUAAGCACUGGUGCUCUGAUUGCCAUCCUCCUGUGCAUCAUUAUACUUCUAGUGACGGUGGUGCUCUUUGCAGCUCUGAGGCGGCAGAGGAAGAAGGAACCUUUGAUCAUUUCCAAAGAGGACAUCAGAGACAACAUUGUCAGUUAUAAUGAUGAAGGUGGUGGAGAGGAAGACACCCAGGCCUUUGAUAUCGGCACCCUAAGAAAUCCCGAAGCCAUAGAAGACAAUAAAUUACGCAGAGAUAUCGUGCCAGAGGCCCUUUUCCUCCCUCGACGGACUCCAACAGUACGAGAUAACACCGAUGUCAGAGAUUUCAUUAACCAAAGGUUAAAGGAAAAUGAUACAGAUCCCACUGCCCCGCCAUAUGACUCCUUAGCUACCUAUGCAUAUGAAGGCAAUGGCUCUGUGGCAGAGUCCCUGAGCUCCUUGGAGUCUGUCACUACAGAUGGAGAUCAAGACUAUGAUUAUCUUAGUGACUGGGGGCCACGGUUUAAGAAGCUGGCAGACAUGUAUGGCGGCGCAGACAGUGAUAAAGACUCUUAAUAUGUUGCCUUUUUCAUUUUCCAAUACAGCAUUGAGAUAUGUGAAGUGGCUAUUUCUUUAUAUUUAUCCACAGCUCUGUGAAGGUUCCUCUAUUCUACCGAUUUCAAAUGUUAAUGACUGCAGUCUGUGUGGAUCAAAUGUUAGAGACUUUUUCUAGUAAACUUUUAUGAGUUUCCAAGAGGCAAAGUUUUAUUUUUUAGUGCAUCCAGUUUACCAACCCAGUCUUUCAGGCACAGUGGUAGUAGAGAGGACAGGGAGCAAUAUUUUUACUUGUUCUCUCAGUGUAUAUUUGAGGACAUUAUUCUUUCCACUCACCUGUUCUUUUGACUAGCUUUCAGCGAUUCAACUCAAUUACUGUUUUAACUGUACAUUACACAUACUGAUGUGAUAAGGAAUUGCAAUUUAACCUAAAUACAGUAUUAUAGUAAAAGUAAUGGGGGAGGAGUAACUAUAAAACUAGU